AUGUCCUCGUCCGGUGUCAACGUCCUCCGCUGGUCAGCCCUUGGCCUCGGUGUCGCAUACGGUUUCUAUCACCAACAGACCAUCAACGCUGCCGACAAGCUCCGCGAGAACCAGAAGGAGUACGAGCGCAAGCAGGCUCUCAUCAACCAGGCCCGUCAAGAGUACCAGAGAAAGACUGCUCCCGCGUCCAAGUCUGGUGGUAUGUCGCCGUCUGCCCUCCUCCAUUCUCUGUCCACCCGCUCACGCUCCGAUACAGCCGUCACCGACCCUAGCGACCCCAAGUUCGACCUGGAAUCUUGGCUCAAGUCGGUCCAAUAG